CACUGAGUGAGUUGCAACGCUGGGUGUCCGUACCUCUGUUCUCUCGCCCCUGUUCAUGGAUCAGCUCAGCGCAACAGCAGUAAGAGCAAGCAGCAGCCAGCUUGCACCCUCUCUCCUCUCCUCUUGGCGUCUCAUGGAGUGAUAGCCACCCCCUUUUUUUCCCUCCCUUGUCCCCAUUACCCCCCCCUUUCCUGUCCCCCCUCCUCCUCCUCCCACCCACCCACUCACUCCCCUCCACCCUCUCGCCCGCUGCGGCUCAGCAGUAGAAGUUGCGCCGCUGCUUAGCCGGAGCCGACCAGCGAGACUCGAACCGCUAUCAUGGAGCCCCAGCGUUGCCCCUUGGAGCUGAUGGUGAGCCCGAAACACAGCAAAGUGCGGCGCAAAAGACGGGACCUGGUGUGGUGGCAGAUCUGCUGGCUGGCCGGAGUGAUGUUGGUGGUCCUCGGUAUCUCCAGCUUGGUGGAGAAGGCAGGCUACUAUGUGACAAGUUACACUCUGGAGAUGCAUGACAAGCGGCUUGGCCGGAGACUGAUGGAGCAUAUCAGUGAGAACACCACAGAUGCUAAGGCAUCGUCGCCUCAGUACAAGAAUUGUACAGAACCUGCUCUUCGUGAAUUCCCUGACGAUGUCUUUACGAAUGAAGAGCGACGACAAGGAGCUAUCACUCUCCACCUGUUCUGUACCAUGUACAUGUUCUAUGCUCUGGCAAUUGUCUGCGAUGACUACUUUGUUCCUUCAUUAGACAAAAUCUGUGAGCGGCUUCAUCUCAGUGAAGAUGUGGCUGGAGCCACAUUCAUGGCAGCUGGAAGCUCGGCCCCCGAGCUCUUCACCUCCAUCAUAGGAGUGUUCAUCACAAAGGGGGAUGUAGGAGUUGGAACCAUCGUGGGCUCUGCUGUGUUCAACAUUCUCUGCAUUGUCGGAGUGUGUGGACUUUUUUCAGGACUGGUUGUUCCAUUGACAUGGUGGUCAUUGAUCAGAGAUUCCAGUUACUACACAUUGUCAGUGAUGGCACUCAUCUUGAUUAUUUAUGAUGAAAAGGUUUCUUGGUGGGAAUCUCUGAUCCUGAUACUAAUGUACGCAGUCUACAUCCUGAUUAUGAAGUUCAACACAUCAAUGCAGAUUUUCUUUGAAAACAAAUGGAAGAAGCCAUCUGUGAACAUGGCCAAUGGGAACGCAAGUAAUGCAGAAAUGGACGACAACAGCAACUGUGAUGCCACUGUGGUCUUACUGAAGAAAGCCAACUUCUCCCGUAACUCAUCGGUGCUCAUGGUGGAUGAACUGCUCUCGGCGUACCCACACCAGCUGUCUUUCUCCGAGGCCAGUCUCAGGAUCAUGAUAACCAGCCACUUUGGACCCAAAACCAGGCUGAGCAUGGCCAGUCGCAUGCUCAUCAAUGAGAGACAAAGGCUAAUCAGCAGCAAGACCGUUUCUAAUGGAGAACCCGAGGUUUCCAUUAAAAUGCCCGGCAAGCACAACAUGGAGAACGGAACUGGGCCGAGCUGCUCAGCGGAGAGGAGCGUGAGUGGGCAGUGGAGGGAGGAGGACAGGGCUGAGGCCAGCAAUGAGAGGGAGGCUGAGAACGAGGACAACCAGAACAAUGAAAAUGACGAAGAGGAAGAGGAGGAGGAGGAAGGUGAAGGGCCGUACGUGCCAUUCCACUUACCUGUGGGAAUGUGGGACGUAAUAAAGUGGGCAAUUGCAUGGCCACUGUGUUUCCUGAUGUACUUCACGAUCCCGAACUGUGCCAAGCCUCGAUGGGAGAAGUAUUUCAUGUUCACCUUUGUCGCAGCUACCUUGUGGAUCGCAGUUUUCUCGUAUGUGAUGGUGUGGAUGGUCACAAUAAUCGGGUACACACUAGGAAUCCCUGAUGUCAUAAUGGGAAUCACUUUCCUGGCAGCUGGAACAAGCGUACCAGAUUGCAUGGCCAGCCUUAUAGUUGCCAGACAAGGCAUGGGAGACAUGGCUGUAUCUAAUUCUAUAGGAAGCAAUGUCUUUGACAUCCUGAUUGGACUUGGUCUACCCUGGACAAUUAAGACGAUUGUGGUGAAUUACGGCUCAUAUUUAUCGUUGAACAGUCGUGGACUUAAAUAUUCAGUGGGACUGCUGCUGGCUUCUGUUUUUGUGACAGUAGUUUGCGUUCAUCUGAACAAGUGGAAACUGGAUAAGAAGCUCGGCUGUGUAUCCCUGUUCCUCUACGCAGUUUUCUUGUGUUUCUCCAUCAUGACGGAGUUCAAUGUUUUCACAUUUGUGAACCUUCCCAUGUGCCGGGACCACUGAUGUACGGUGAAGACGACUCAACCUUGGAAUCAGUGCAAUAGUAAAACUAUAUGAAGAGGAAAAGUCCCAUGGCUUAAUGUUGUGAGCUGCAAGGAACUGCUCCUACUGAGAACUGGGUACAAGACACAUUUUUCAGAGAGAAAACAAACACCUGUAUUGAUGUGAACGUAUUUUUAAUGUAUUUAUGUGGAGACACACACAAACGCACACACAGAUACACACUAACGCACACACAGACACACAAACACACACCUGAAGAAGAAAACUUAUCUGAUAUUGUUGGCUGCUAAUUAACGUAAGGCUGGAAGAUAUACCUGCCACGUUUGUAUAUUCUCAGUUCUAUCAGAAAGAAAUAUUUUGUCUUGAGAGAGAUGAGCGGGAGGUCUACAAAUGGCACUUGUUAUUGAAGAGUAUAAAGUGUACCUUAAAGCAAGGAAUUCUAUUGCCCUGUGAAAUUACCUCUUACUCUCUCCCCUCCCCAUGCCUUCAUUUCCCACCCAGCUUCUCCUCUGCCAGAGGGCUUGAAAACCAAGAAUGUACAUAUCAACAUGAUUCACCUUGUCCUAUUGCUCACCAGCUGUUCCUACCACUGAUGGGAAAGUGGAGUUUAAGCUCUGAGCCAUAGCAUUUAUGCCGAAUUUGAGUUAUGGAAUUUGACAUCUUAAACUUACUGCAGUUUGUACCCAUAUACUACUCCUGUCAAUGAUUUCUUCAGGAGGUACAUUUGCACGAAUUUUUUUCUUUGUUGGAACAGUUUGCGCAGUCAAUGGUACACGUGUGUAUAUUGAUGGUAUAAAAAAUUGUAUAUAUUGGGAGUUUUUUUCCUUUUCAAAAAGGUAGAGUAUGUAAGAUAUUAUAUCAUGGUUUUACCCAGCUGCGCGGUGUUUGAUUUGGAAAUGUUGGUUAAGGUACAAAUAGGGCAGCUGAAGAAGCAAAGUUGCUCUGGGUUUUGUCUGUACAGGUAGUUUUAAGAAUAAAGCAUGUUUAAUUUAUAUAUUUAUAAAAAAAAACAGCACAGGAAGCCACUUUGCAGUUUCACAGCACAUUUUUACAGGACUGUUUGAAAGCUCCAUGCAUGCCUGCAUGCUUGACCCCCUGGUUUUAGUCGGUUGUCUUCCUCAACCAAUUUUCCUGCAGAAAUGACUGUGGUGAGGAAGAUUUUAAUUGUCUUUAACUGUUGCUGUAGUUAAUAAAUUUCUAGAUGAAUUUGCUAAGAAAUGACUCCACCAAGCUGAUUGUAGUUAGUUGUCUCAAUAUAAUUAUAACUUGUUCUGUUUCUUAAAUGAUUAAGUAAUGAUACACUGAAUCCCCAAAUUAUGAUUAGAAAGGGUGGAUUAUUAUUCCAUUGAUCACACCUCACCAAAGUUUACAAGCCAAUACUUACUGCUACAGGACAGUGUUAAAUCAUGAUUUCAAUAGGAACCAAACCUCAUUUAUGUUCCAGAGAAAUAAAUACAUGAGAAAUUUAAUAUGCUACAAACUUUUCAAGGACAAUCAGUUUCAGGGUUGUAUCGGCUAAGUGAGUCUACUGUAACAUGCAUGGAUUGUUCACCAUCUGUGCAUCCAACAUCACCAUUAUUCCCCUGCUUUGUGAUUUUAGUAAAUAUUUUUACUGCGUUUUGUCUGUCUUUCUUUCUCUCCCUCUAUAUCUCUCCCUUUUUCUUUCUCUUUCACUCUCUCUCUUUCUCUCUCCCUCACCCCUUCCAUCAUCAACCCUCAAAGCAGAAACAUAGGAAAAGGGUUGGGCCCCUCAAGCCUCUUCUGUCAUUCAGUGGGAUCAUGGCCGCUCCAUCAAUGCACCUUUUCUCCGUACUCAUUUCAUUCUGUUAAUAAAAUAUCAGUCUAAGAUUUAGGAUUGAUGACGAUCUGGUAUCAAGUGCUGUCUGCACUAAAGAGAUGCAAAAUUCUGCUUUCCUUCUUAUGUAUUUCUUAACAUUUUUCCUCAAAACCCUGGCACUGAAUUUUAGACUAUAUCCUCUAGUCCUAGACAAUCCAAUCAUUGGAAAUAGUUUCUCUCUCUCUCUCUCUCUCUCUCUCUCUCUCUCUCUCUCUCUCUCUCUCUCUCUCUCUCUUCUCUCUCUUUCUCUCUACCCUCUUAAUAUCUGGUAAACUAUGAUCAAUUUGUCACUUAACUUUUGAAAUUACAGGGAAUGCAAUCCUAGUUUGUGCUGUCUCUCCGUGCAUUUUUAUCCUUGGAACCCAAGUUCUAUUCUGGUAAAUUUUUGCUGCACUCCCUCCCAAAUCAGGAUAUUUUUCCUAAGUGGUGGUGCCCAGAACUGCCCAUUGUACUCCAAGAGAGGUCUAACCAAGGCUCCAUGAGAGAUCUAGCAGUCCAGAUGAAGGGUCUUGACCCAAAAUGGCAACUAUCCAUUUCCCUCCAUGGAUGCUGCCUGACCUGCUAAUUCCCUUCCCAUCAACGUUUUGUGUGCUAUUUCCUUGAGUCCCAGUUCCUUGGAUACAAAAGGCUGCAUUCCAUUAGGCUCUCUGACCUUUUUUUUCCACAUUUGUCCAUAAUAUUUUAUUCCAUGUAAACCUCUGAGACAUAUUGCACAUUCUAACUUGCAUAGCUUCCUGCUUCUCCACCCUGUGCUGUAACUCAUUUCCAGUGUAGAAUCACUUUGCUAAAAAUCUAAAAUGAGACAGGGCUGUUGCCAGCAAACCAGGAGAGUGAGAUGUCAGGAUCAUCAAUCACAAGGACAUGUACAUAUAAAGGCUUUCUGUUUGUCUACCAGAACUGGCCAACACCAUACACAUCAGUUGGUUUAAUAUCUAUCAGUGGUUACUGUCUAUUAACUGUUGCUGUAGUUUUCUUUCCAGCUCUAAGGGAGUGGAAUCCUUGUCUUGGUGAUAGCGUCUCAGCACUUAAUACACAUGUCGACUUUUGUUCCUGAACAAAACCAAGAAUUUUAUCCAGUAGCAUUUAGCUGGAAUAAAUAUUUCAUGGCAACUCUUUGAAAAUUAACUCAAUGCAUUGUAAUCACCUUUUGAAGUUUGAUGUAAAAUGUUGGAUGAAUCCCCAUGAUAUGUAAACAGUAAGAUUUUAUCUUGCAGGCUAGUCUUGUUUCCUAGCACUACCACUAUAUUGAGUUGAUUAAAGUUUCAAUUUUGCCAGUAA